AUGUUAAACAGAAUAGAUAAUCUCUUUCCAAAUUUAAAGCCGUCAGAUCCCCUUCCAGAAGAAUUUUAUGAUAAACUAAUGAAUGUAGUAGAACUAUUUGUAGGUACAGAUUGCAUCGAUCAAAUGUUGAAAUAUUUAGGUCAAUAUGAUAGAAAGAGAUUAAUAUUAAUUUCUCAUAACGGCAGCGGUUUCGACAACUGGAUCGUGCUUAAAAAUGCAAAAAAACUAACGCAUUGCCCUUUAAAAACACCCAGAGGAAUUCUAUCUUUCCCUUUAUCUAAUCCAUACACGGAUGAAGGUUUACAGAAAAAAUGGAAAAGACAGAAAGAAAUAAAGAGUAAUUAUUUACAACAUAUUAAUUUCACGUGUUCCUAUCAACACGAAUCCUCUAGUUUGGCUGCAUGGGGAAAUUCUUCCAAUCUUCCCGCGAAUUUGAGAAAGAUUGCCGACGUAGAUAUCGCUAAAUACACGCAAGACAACUGGGAGGAAUUGAGACACGAAUGGGAACCUUACGCCAAGAGAGACACUCUCUGUUUGGGAGCUUGUUUGAUAAAAUACAACCAAGUCACGAAAGAAGUUGUAAACCAGAAUAUGUCCAAUAAUCUAACGGCUCCAUCUUUAUCUUUAAAGGGUUGGUAUUAUUUAUAUCAUUACGAUAAAGAAAUGGUGGAAGAAGAAUAG